AUGAAAUACAUGUCUGGAAAGGAACAAGGAGGGUCUUCAUCUACUUAUGAGUCAUACUCUGAAUCUUCAGAUUCAGAAGACAAAAACGACAUUGAUGAUGAUGACGAAGAUGAUGAUGACAGCUCUGACGAUGAUGAUGAAGAAGAAGAUGAUGAUAGCUCUGAUACCUCUGAGGAUAAAACUGAGUCCACUGAAGAGAUUUCACUGACGUCAGAAGAAGAGAAAAAGUCGAAGGACGUCUCAAUGUCAGCCAUCCCUCACUCCGGGCCUGACUCCUCGCCUCCCGCUUCCUCAGAUUCUACAGACGAGAGCAGCGGAUCCAAGGCAAUAUCUGGCAGUUCCUCUGAUGUGUCCUACACCAUGAGUUCUGACGCAUCGGUGUAUUCUUCCUCGGAAGAAAAUUACGAAGGGAGCGGAAGUAAGAGUUUGGAGGAAGGUUCUGCAUCUAACGAAAAGGCUAAGACAAAGUCAGAGAAGAAGGCGAAAAUUAAAGCAGCUCAUAAGACGAAAAAGGGCAAGAGGGUAAAACUUGGUAAAAAGAGUAGUAAAAACAGAAUCAAUGUCAAUGAUAAUAAUUUGAAACUGCAUCCUUUGAGUGAUGAAAAAGAACACUCUUUGAACAAAAAAACUGCAGGAGACCAUUCAUUACGGUUGGAAAUGACUACUGGUAAUGUAUUGUACAUGGAGAAAGAUGAACAUCUCAAAGAGAAAAGUAAACAGCUGUCAGAUAGAGAAGUUCACUUCCAAGUCACCACUGAAAGAGUGUUAAACUUACACAAUGCAGCUAAGAAAGAAGAACCCUCUAGAAGUGCUGCAGGAUCGAACCCUUCAUCAAGUAGAAGGAAAGUUUCAACCAACGGUGGAUCAUUAGCCUCUAAAGAGAGACCUGCCAUGGAACUAUUGAAAGUGAAGCCAGCCGAUCCCAACAGGAAGUCUGAUCUUGAACAAGAGUUGAUUAAGGAUUACCCAGAGAACGGAACAGUGGAGAUCACAAACUGGGCAGGAACGUUUGCUCCAAUACACGGAGAGCCGUAUGUUGCUCCUCUUCAUCAUCAGCCUGAUGAGUUUUGGGACGCCAUUUACACUUCAAAGGACCCCGACCUACCUACACCGCCCGGUGCUGAUGUCAGUGAAGAGGCAACAGUAAAACCUCUCAAAGGUCCAGAGAUCAGCAUGCGCCGGCUUGCCACCAUGGUAAAUCACCCGACUGACCAUCUCCCUGACCCGAGUCAUUUUGGGCCAAACACCCAUUCUGAUAAUCAACCAGACCACAGUAAUGUUGAGGACACUAACAAAAUAGAAGCUAAAGACAAAAACAAGGGUACUGAUAAGACCGAUAAAAAGAAACCUAAACUGACGCUGAAAGAGAAACGGAAGAAAAAGAAGGAAAAGAAAGAAAAUCUACGAGGGGCAUCGGAAUCAGCAGCUAUUGUAAUGGCUGGUACGAACAAUCAAAACCUACAGAACCAGCCUUCAGUCGUGGUUCGCAGGACUUUGGAUGCACAUAAGAACCUAGUUCAUCCGCAGCUUUCUGUAGUCUCGCCACACCUCCCUCCAAAUCUCCUCUCUGAGAAUCAACCAAGCCAGGAUCAUCCUGAGGACAACAACAAAAUAGAGGCCAAGGAAAAGAACAAGGCAAAAAAGAACGAGAAAAAGAAAGCAAAAUCAACGUUAAAAGAGAAACGGAAGAAGAAAAAGGAGAAGAAGGAUAAACUAAGUGGGAUUUCAGACACAGUGGCAAUUGUAGCGAUGGCUGGAACUAACCAUGACAUUCCACAGAAUCAUCCCUCUACUGCAAUACACAGCAAUGUGGCUGUACAUGAUGAUGGCCUUAUUCACCCCCUGUUUCCGGAAAUAUCACCACACUUUCCUGGCAAGGAAGGGCCUAAUAUAGAACCCAUUUCUGCAAAUUUGCACGCUAAAGAUAAAUCUGAUGAAAGUUUAAAGACUCCAAGUGAAGAAGAAAGAGAAAGUGGGACAACCUACAGGCCAGAAGGAAACUACGAGUACCCCUCCUUUAGACAUCCUGAAUUUAAUCCGGACACAGCUUACGAUGAAAACGGCAUUCCCAUUCAUGAAAGUCCUGGUUGGACCCCGCCACCCACCCUUCCCGGAGACAAUAGGUUUGGCAAGGGAAGGAACCAAGCUGGGGCAGGAAUGAAACAUAAGGCCACUGGACCCAUACCAGUACCUCAAAUUGCUAAAAAAAUUAAACCGGAACCCAAAAAACUUGCUGUAAGUGUCACCAACCCGAAAUACAGUCUUCAUCCAGAAGACAAAAUGAUCAAUAACUACCAUGGACUUCAAGACCAUCUGGCUCUUUUAGAGCACCAAAAAGCCGUGGAGAGCCACCUAGGAUUACAUCUUGAUCCGCUUCACCCUUCUGGUAUUGGAGUUGACAAUAUUAACCAUCGUAUUAGAAAGCGCAAGGCUGCCGUCUCAGGAUCUUUGGAGUCUCUUGAGUCAAUUAGCCAGGUGUUGGACUCAGAUGAAUUGAAAGUCGGUUCAUCAAUCCAAAAUCUUGCUGCGGCUAAGGAAACUGCUUAUAAACUGACGGAAACAGAGCUGCAAAACAAAGAGGACAGUGCUCCAUUGGAAGCACUUAACCCUGCAUUAUAUGCUCAUAGAAAUAUGUUUGAAGCAAAAAAGAAACCCCAGAAACCUGAACCUGAAUUGAACCUGAACGAGCUGUCUUUAGACAAGUUACCGAUAAACCUGAAAAAAUUGGCCAGAAAUAGUGCUGAAGUGAUAGCUGUAAUUGUGAGCAAGGACGGAUCCAUUCCCAAGUGCCACAUCAGUUCCAGACUGAAGAACAGAGAAUUGCCUCAACUACCACUGUCUUCACCAGAGAUGCCAGAGAUUUAUAAUAAGAAAAAUAAAAAUGAAGGACGUAACCCUCUUCUAUACAAACACAGAAACAUGUUGACAAUCAGUGAUUUGAAGGAUGAUGGCAUGAGGAUCAACAGUGGAGAUUUGAUAAAACAAAUGUUACAAGAUAAAAAGGACAAAAGGCAAAAUGGACAGGCAGUACGAUUGGACGAUUUUGUGAAAGGAGGGCACCCAAGUCAGGAUAUAAGAUUUAAAGGUAGAGGGAGAGAAAAUUACAACCCAUUAUACCUGAAUGAAAGAAGACUCCUGUAUGCAAAGACAAACCAAUUUCAACCUGACAGCAAUGAAACUCCUCAUGCUAAAAGAGAAGUCAAAGAAGAAGCUCAAAACCCAGCACUAUAUGCUUACAAGAAUGUAAGUAUUGUUUUGCUAACACAAUUAUAA